ACCCCGUCAUUUUUUAUCUUCCUUUAAAAAAGAAAAAACACCGAAUUAGGUAAUUUUAACAAAACAAAAACCGUGAUUCAUACACCAAAGAAAACGCCGUUAACUACCCCCGCCGCAACGACGUUAAAUAAACGCCGUUUACAUUCUCAUAUAACGGAGUGUACUAGAAGAGAGAGAAACAGCGCUACUGUAUAAAAAGAUCUCCCCUGCAGUAAAGAGGUUUUUUUUAGAGAGAGAGAGGAGGAGGGAAGAGAGAGAGAGCAUAGCAGCGUGUAUCGCGCGUCAAGCUAAUUUCCUGAGGAGAGAGAAAAAACAGAAGAAUUGUUUUUUUUUUUUUUACCAAAGAUCAAAAAAUUAUUAUUGUUACUGCAUUAUUCAUCUUCUCUUCAGUUCUAACUUCAAUUGAUUUUGAUUUAUUCGAGUUUUUGACGAUUGGAUUCUUCUGAAUUAUGAUUGUAUGAGUGAAGUUAUUAUUAGAGAUUUGCAGAAACUGGAGUAGUUGAAAUUGAGUUGAAUUUCGAAAUACGAGAGAGAAUUUGAAUGUUGUUUUGGAUCUUCUUCUUCCUUCGUGCAUAAUAGAGGAUCUGAGGAGCUGGAUUUGAAUUUACGUUCGAAAUUUCGCAAUUGAAAAAAAUAAAAUAAAAAGUAAAAUUGUAGUUCAGUUGAGAUUUUUAGGUUUUUUCUGAUGGAGCUGCCUCAAUCCCGUCCCUUCGGUACCGCACAAGCUAGAAAAGCUACGCAUGACUUCCUUUCUCUCUACACUCACUCAUCUCUCCAGCAAGAUCCAAGGUCGUCUCACGGAGCAGGAGGUUUACUUAAAACACAUAAUUUCCUCCAACCACUUGAAGGAGAAGAAAAGAUUGGUCCCAAGGAAGACAACUUGGUAGAUAUAAAUGUUAAACCUCCACCAGCAGCUCCUCCUACUUCAGUAGUAGAACACGUAUUGCCUGGAGGGAUUGGAACUUACAGUAUAAGUCACAUUUCCUAUCUAAAUCCAAGGGUGCCUAAGCCAGAGGAAAAUAUAUUCUCAGCUGCUCCAGUGACCAGUAACGAUAGAAAUGACGACAAUUCAAAUUGUAGCUCGUAUACAGGAAGUGGUUUCACAUUGUGGGAUGAAUCAGCAGUGAGAAAGGGAAAUGCAGGGAAGGAGAAUUUGGGGGAUGUAAACAUAGAAAAAGAAUCGACAACGAAAAUGGGGCAUUGGCCUUUGGAUCGGCCAUCGCAGUCUUCUUCCAACUACCACAGUAGUGUCAGCCCUCUAUCGUCUUCACAGGCACUUAUUCAGAAAAGUCAAAGCUUUAUGGAGAUGAUCAAUUCAGCAAAAGGUCCUCAUUCCUUGGAGGAAGAGGAUGAAGAGGAACUGAGCCUAAAAAGGGAAAGCAGCUCUUCUCAAAAGGAGGAAUUACGAGUGAAAGUUGGUGGAAAGAGCAGUGAUCAAAAAGCUAUCACCCCCCGGUCCAAACACUCUGCAACGGAACAGCGAAGAAGAUGCAAAAUUAAUGACAGAUUUCAGAUGUUGAGAGAACUCAUCCCUCACAGUGACCAGAAGAGAGAUAAGGCAUCAUUUCUGUUAGAGGUAAUUGAGUACAUUCAGUAUUUACAGGAAAAGGUUAAUAGAUAUGAAGGGUCAUACCCUGGAUGGAAUAGUGAACCACCCAAGUUGAAUCCAUGGCGAAAUAGCCAUGGGGCAACUGAAGGUUUUGUUGAUCAGCCUCGAGUUGCGAGUGAUAUAAACAGUCCUGUAUUGAUGUUUGGUGCUAAACUUGAUGAGAAAUCUACAGCUAUUUCAUUAAAUGGACCUCACAAUCCCCAGAACCCAUCUGAAUCUAGCAUGCUUAAUGCAAUUAAUGUCAAGACAGUUGAUCAACGACCUGAAGUAACCAAUAAAACGGGAUUAAUUUCUUCACAACUGCAGCAAGAUAUCAAGGCUCCUAUUGUUAGUAGUUGUGCUAUAAUAAAACCUCCUAUAAGGCUCCCAGCUGAGGGAGGCCAUGCUUCUUUACCUCAACUACAGUCAUGGCAAAGCAGGACUUCUGCAUCCGAGCAGUCUGUAGCUGCUGAUAAAUUGAAAGAUCAAGAGCUGGCUCUUGAAGGUGGUACCAUUAACAUCUCUAGCGUAUAUUCUCAGGGGUUGCUGAGUACGCUAACACGAGCUCUGCAAAGUUCUGGGGUAGAUUUGUCUCAAGCAAGCAUUUCAGUUCAAGUUGACAUAGGGAAGCGAGCAAAUACUAGACAGAACUCCCAGGAGGUUGUUGAGAAGACCUGUUUUGCUUUAUCCAGGAUACUGAAGCUCUCAUUGGUAAUCAAUCUUUGUUACAUGCUAGAGUCGACAGCACCAGCAGUGAGUCUGAUCAUGCUGUGAAGAGGCUGAAGACAGGUUAAAUGUUGUUAGAGAAGUUGGGUAUAUUCUUUUGCUUUGUGAUUAGGUCAUUUUUUGCGGAGCUUUCUUGGCCUUCUGGUAUUUCAUCCAUCUCUUCCACUUCACCAGAUUAACCAGCUGAUAGCUCGAGCCGAAUUGUACAUGCUAUUUUUCUUUCGUUCUAAUUUGUUUUUGCUUAGUUUUUCAGGACUUCUGAUGAGUGAAUAGGUAGAGUCCUAAGUAGAAUAUUCUUGUCAUAUUUCUAAUUUUUGCAUCUUAUGUAUUUAUAGAGGCCUCCAUGUGGUGUUGCCUUUGAGCUUCCAUUUUAAGAGAAGCUUUUGUUCAUUUUUUACUUAAUUUUUUAACUUGUAUUUUGGGGGCUAUAGCAGGUUAUAUAUAUACUGAUAAGAGUACUCAUUCUUGUUUUCCUUGCUUGGAAAACGUUACAUGUAAUAACCAAUUCUAAACAAGUUGAAAUUCUUGAUAUUGCAUUACGUAUUCGAUGAUUAA